CCUUCAGAGUCGCCCGAAUCUCAAACGUUCUACUAGGGUACCUACGGAGGCUGUGAGGUGAUGGCGCGCGCACACUUACUAUAGCGCACGCUACGUGUUUCCGAGCGGGAAGCCUGUAGAAGGAGUGUGUCAGUGUGGAGGAAGAGUUUCAGUGUGGAGGAAGAGUGAACGCAGAGAAAGAUGUCGGGAUUUCUGAGUGAAUGCGACCCGUGUGACAGCAGCAGCCAGAACAGCAUGAUCUCCACUCAGCUGAGGGACAUGCAGGCCGCGCAGGCGCAGUGUGUGCAGUAUGAGACGUGCUCUGUAUUUCACUGUGCCAAUUCCAAGUGCAACCUGGUGCUGGGGGAUUCCCUGGGAGCCUGCGGGGAGAUCAAGUGGAUCAAGGCGAUCAUUUGUCUCAAAAUCAGUAAAGAUGUCAGAGUGAGAGAAAAGCUUGAGAUGAGCAAGGAGGGUCCUCUAAAAUUCUGCACUUACAAAGCCCUGGAAUGUUCCGGAUGUCGCCGGUUCGUCGGUUUGGUGCUCCACUCCACGCCGCAGCACUUGUCCUCUCUGAGAGGCCUCUUUCUCUUGCUGAAAGAAGCCGUGAAUUGCUACAUGCUUAAUAACUGCUCCGUUGUAAAUGCUUCUAAAGUCAGCUUCGAACACAGACUGCUGGGAAGAAGCAUCAAUGAGAUGAAGCAGGACCUGAAAGCUCAGCUGAAGCAGGUGAACCUUCUGAAGGACAUGUUGAACGAGAGCAGACUGGGACACGGCCAUCUUCCUCUGUCCUCCACCGUCUCUGAUUAGCAUCUCUUAUUGCUCUUCGUAAUCUAGUUCCCGUAGCUAUGCU